AUGGAACGCUGGCAGGACUUUGACCAGGACGUAGGACCGACGGCUGGACCCUCGUCAUCGUCAUCGUCAUCGUCAUCGUCAUCGUCAUCGUCGUCGGAUGCUCAGCUGCACCCGCUUGGGCCCGGCCACGAUCAUCAUCCUACACCAAGCGAGGGUACGAUCCCACGAUCCCGCACCUCGUCUGACCACCCGCCCAGCUCGACGCCCGACCCGGCGAGUGAUGCUCCCGGCGCGGAGACUGACGACCAAGACCAAGAAGACUCGGACCACGUCUGUCGCGUCUGUCGGUCGGGCGCACCCGAGGACGGCGCAUUGUUCUGGCCAUGUCAAUGUGCAGGCUCGAUGAAGUCAGUGCAGCACUCACUCGGUCGCACAACUGUCCCUUCUUGGCAUCAGCUCACACUAUUUCCCCCGCUUCCGGUCCAGAUACGUCCACGAAUCCUGCUUGAACGAAUGGGUGCGCGUGUCCAAGAAGGCCAAAUGCGAACUCUGCCACACCCCAUUGCACUACACCUCCAUCUACCCCGCGCACAUGCCCUCCCACCUGCCCCCCAAGAUCCUCCUCCGUCACCUCGGGUCGUCGCUCCUCUCUUCGCUCGCGUUCGUGCUGCGGCUGAUCCUCGUCGCGCUCGCGUGGCUCGUCGUCUUGCCGUAUGCGAUCGAGUCCAUCUUCAAGCUCUUCAUCUACACCGCAGACGGCUUGGGCAUCUUCAGCAUCGUCAUCACCGCCAGAGUGACCCCCGUCCGACUCGCCGCAGGAACCUACAUGACCUUACUACCCAGAACGACGACCCGUGACGACUCGGGCCAAACGAUCAAACACGAAUACGUCGUCAAUUCAACUUUGUGUUAUCUCAAGCGGAACCUUACCUCCCCCGCUACGUCGACGACCUUGAUGAACAUGACCACGGGACUCACCUCGCUCAUUCAAGCACCUUUGGACGAAUCUGGCCUCGUUCAAACUUCAACCCAGAUAACGCCGAACUGGAUCGGCCGACUCGACAAGAUCGACUAUUUGCGCACGAUGAUCCACGGUCGGGCCAAUCGUUCCAAAAUCGGUUGGGACGUCGUCUUUGAGUGAGUUCAAAAAGUCCCAAGAGUGUUCGAAUCAGCACUGGGGAUGAUGCUUGCUGAUCCCGCCUACAAAACUCUUUACUCAACCCAGUACGAUCGCCUCGGACGUGUUCAAAGGUCAAGUCAUCACUUCGAUCGUCAUCGUCCUGUUCGUCAUCGGUUUCUUGGUCAGGGAAUGGAUCCUCACCAACGCACCUCCCGAAAUACCCCCCGCACCUGCACCCGUACCCGCGGACGCACCCGCACCCGCACCCGCACCCGCACCCGCACCCGCACCCGCACCCGCACCCGCACCCGCACCCGCACCCGCACCCGCACCCGCACCCGCACCCGCACCCGACAUCGUCGCUGCUGCUGCUGCUGCAGCUCCUGUGAUUCCAGCGUUGAUCGUAGGCGGCGAAGAAGGCGCGCAAGGAGUCGUCCGUAUGGAAGAAAUUCAAGAGGAAUUGAGAGGUCCCCGAUACGACGAGAUGUGGAGGCAGCUCGAACGAACGCUCGAUCGACUCGCGGCGGAUCCGAGAGUCAAUUUACCUCCGAGGGAAACGGAGACGGAACAGGUUAGGGGGCCAACUUGGGAUGCGACGCAUGUGCAUGAUGAGGAGGAUGAUGCGGACGAUCAAGAUUAUGAGGAUAGUGAGAGGGAGGAUAGAUCGGGGGAGAGUGAGGCUUCUGAUGAGGAUGAUGAGGAUGAAGAGGAUGAUGAGUACAAUGGCGUUCAUAUUCCUGGUUUGACGGGCGAUUACGUUCCUGGUUUGGACGAUCCGAAUGGAGGACCGAGCUACAUCAUUCGACGUCUCAAUCCCCAAGGUUCCCAACCUCCCCCUGUCCAGCCCGCACAAGAAGAUGCUCGACCUCAUCCACCGAUCCUCCGAGGCGAACUAGCUCCUGCACCACGAGCACCGGCCGCAAACGUCGCCGCGCGCGAAGUUCCCCCUCGCCCCGAACAACAAAUCAACAACGAACGGGCUAUGAUCGUCGCCGCCGACGCCGCCGCCAACGCCCCGAUCCUCCCUGACGACCCUCCUCCGAACGAGGACGAUUUCGCCGCCGAAGACCUCUUUGACGAUUUUGAAGGCGUGCUCGAAGCCAUCGGUAUGCGCGGAUCGCUGUCCACCCUACUCCAAAAUAUUUGUCUUAUGAUGCUCCUCGUCGGUCUAUGUCUCGCCAUCGGCCUCUGGAUCCCUCUUUCACUCGGGAGGGUCAUGGCCGGUUCGGAUGCGAUUCGAUGGAUCGUGAUGCCGUUGAGGGUCGUGAGGUGGUUUUCGGACCCGGUCUUCGAUAAGGCGUUCGAGGUCGUCAUGUGGGUGCCGAGGAAAGGGGUCAGAUUCGUCGGGCCGAUGGCUCAAGGUGCGCGCAACGGGACGGUCGCGAGCAAGCUGUUGGCAAAGUUCAGUCGAGUGCCGAGCCACUCAUCCGUUGUGGCCAAUUCGACCGUCAUCGUUGCUUCGAAGAAACCCCUCGCCGCUUCAAGCGUCAAGACGACCUUCAAAACCGCGGCAAAGCACUACAAGAUGAUGGCGCACGCCGAAGACACCUUUCACCGUGCACUCUGCACCGCCUUGGGCUACACGACCUUCCUCCUCGGUGGAGCAGGUUACCUCCACAUCACGGACACCGAAUACAGUCGAUCCGUCAACCGCGCGAUUCGAGAGGGGAUCACGCAACAGUUGACUUUGCUCAAGGUGUGCUUCUUCGUCGCGGUCGAAAUCAUCCUCUUCCCCGCCACGUGCGGUUUGCUCGUCAAUCUCUCAACGUACCCACUCUUCCCCGGUGCUUCGUUGGCCACUCGCCUGAACUAUCUCCACGUCGCGCCCUUUUCAGGCUUCUUCCUCACCUGGCUCGCCGGCACGAUCUUCAUGUUCUCCUUCAGCGCCGCCAUUGACGCCGUCCGUGAAGUCGUUCGCCCGGGCCUCAUUUGGUUCAUCAAAGAUCCGCAAUCGCACGAUUUCCACCCCAUCCGAGAGAUUCUCGAACGGUCGUCCUGGACGCAAGCGAAAAAGAUCUUCACUUCGGUGCUCUUGUACGGAUCGGUGAUCUUCCUCAGUCUAUCAACGAACGUUCUCUUCCUCAAAUUUUGUUGUCCCACGAUCCUCCCUCUCAAUUGGUUAUCGACACGUUCCUUCUCCGUACCUUUGGAUCUCCUGAUCUAUCGCUUCGUCGUCCCAUUCACGAUCGGACUCGUCGAACCUCGAUCGAUCGCGAAAACUUGGUGGACGCAAUGGGCUCGUCGAUCGGCCAAGGCGUUGAGGUUGUCGCACUUUUUAUUCGGCGAACGCAAUCUCGACGAAGAAGGGACGCAUCUGAGGAGGACGUGGAGGGCGAGGAUACUUUUGUUGAAGGCGCCUGUACCACCUCGUCCCGUCGAAGGCGAAGACCGUAUUCGGGAUACGACGUUCGACGAUGAACUCCUCUCUUCAGGCUCUUCGACCCGCCCCGUCAUCUUCCACCACGACGGUGGCUUCGGUCGUGUUCCGGCCCUCGACACCGUUCGUAUAGCCCCCAAUCGUCCGAUGCUCAUCCGCGUCACCUCGCAAGGUUUUCCCCUCACCCCUCGGGGCGAACAAGUCAUCGCCGAACAAGUGUCCGAAAUGGCGACGACGAGGAAAAAGGAUGCGUAUGAGGUCGUUUAUCUGCCUCCUGCGUUUGCGGUGAGGGUCGGGGUGUGGUGUUAUUUGGCUUGGUUGGCGGGAUCGGCGGCGGUGGUGGGUGGGGUGGUGGGACCUCGUGGGUUUUUUCGCGUUGGCGCGCUGGGUUCGAUGCUGAGUUGCUGAUCGAAUCCUUGGUCAAUCUUCCCAGUCGUCGUCGGUCGAUACCUCCUUUCAAAGAUCGCCUCAUCCCCACCACACGACUUUUACGCCUUUGCUCUCGGUGCUCACCUCCUCAUCCUCCUCGCCUACGGCAUCAGUCACGCGAACCAGUUCCGUCCCUCGCGUCAAACCUGGUCCACGAUCCGUAUCUUCUCUAUGACCAUUCUGCUCGCAGGAAUCCUGACUCCACUGGCAUUGGGUCUGUUUGUCGAAGCCUACGUCGUCCUACCUCUCAAACUACUGCAAACCCAUCCGUACCUCGCCACACUGCUCCCACCACCGAGCACGCCAAGUACCUCAAUGAGCACCGUGCAUCUCCUCCCCUCCUGGUCGCUCGGUCUCUUGAUCCAACACCUCCUCCUACUUCUCCUACGCUCCCCCUUGAUCCUACCCUCAACCUCUCCCCUCCGUCUCGCCCAAUCACGCGCCAAGACACUCUGGCUGCACCACGCCCGACCAGCCGCUCUCUCCCUCCUCCUCAAAGACCUCUACACCCCACUCUUCCUAACCCUUCUCAUCAGCCUCCUCUUCCCAACCUACCUAGCCAUAACCCUCCACCACCUCAUCCUCCUCUUCUACCCUUCCCUAUCCUACAUCCCAACAACCCACUUCGAACCUUGCCCAAUAACGACUUGGAUCCGAUUGACCUACUUCGUUCAUUCGUCACUCUUCAUCCUGAGUACGUUCGUUUGGGUUUUGAGGAAAGGGUGGUUGGGUUGGUUGGGGAGGAGGAGGGAGUUGGAAUAUUUGGUCGAGAGGAGGUUGAGGAAUUAUGAAUCUCGUUCCUGA